AUGUCCGCGACUCCCUUCGGAUUCUCCUCAUGGAGGAAGAGGUCUCCCUCCGCGGCCUCCCGCUCGGCCUCGCAGGACAUCCCAGGCGCAGCAGCCAGCCCGGGCCAGGUCUCGAGGCUUGCGAAUCCUGACGCCAGACUGUUAUCAUCUUCCGUCAGCUCGGCGGGCCACCGGGAGCCAACAAGGUCCUUCAUCCCCGCUCCCGUCGAUAGCGCGAGCUUUGCCCGCAGCGUCCGCGAAGACACCGCCGAGCUUGCCUCGUAUGUCCUGUCCGAUAAGAAGGAUAAACGGAGCGCUUCCUUUCUGAGACGAAGGCCGUCCGAUGCCUCAUACCGCGAAUACAACUCCUUGUCCCAACAUGCGGCUGCAAACAUAGGGAACUCGAACGACGAGAGUAUAGCAGAGGUCUCGGAGCCUGGCUCGCCGGAGAGCGCCAUUGAGGAUAUUCCUGAUGAGGGGCCGUCUAUACUGUCAAGCAUGCUCAGGCACUCCCCACCGAAGGACGACAACACAUCGACAACUGAUGAUACUUCCCCGAGCAAGGACAGAGGCCAAUCUGGAAGGCAGCCAGGCCAACAUCUGCAGAAGGACGAUCCGAUAGCUCCUGGAAGUCACAGGGCCAAUGGGAUGGGGGAGAGCACGCCACUACUCAUCAGGACCAGCUCAAGCUAUUCGCGGCCCCCGGACAGCCCAGACCUUACUGAUGGCGACUUGAGUGAUGUCGAAAGCCAGAAGACCCGCCCGCCGUCACGCUACCACAAAUAUGGCAGUAUCAAGGAUAUCGCCCGGGACAGAGUCAGGGUUGCGUCGACCAUGGUAAACCCAAAGACUUGGGACAAGCAGGCAAUAUGGCAGAACGUCGUGAUGGAACCGCUAAGCUGUUUGCCAUCAGUCGUCGUGGGUUUGCUACUCAAUAUCUUGGACGCUCUAUCCUAUGGUAUGAUUCUGUUUCCUCUAGGAAACCCGAUCUUUGCCAGUCUAGGACCGUCGGGUAUAUCCAUCUUCUACGUCAGCACAAUUGUAUCGCAGAUUACUUUCUCUCUAGGCAGCAUAUUCCGAGGUGGUGUCGGCUCAGAACUCAUUGAGGUCGUGCCGUUCUUCCAUAGUAUGGCUGCAACGAUUACAGCCAUUGUUGGCGAGGAUCAGCCCGACGCUGUCAUUGCUACCACGAUAACAUCAUACGCCCUGAGCUCGAUGUUGACCGGUAUAAUCUUCUGGCUGAUGGGGAAAUUCAAGCUGGGCUACAUUGUUGGCUUCAUUCCACGCCACAUCCUCAUUGGCUGCAUUGGUGGUGUGGGUUGGUUCCUCAUCCAGACUGGCUUUGAAGUAUCUGCUCGCAUCGAGGAGUUCCGAUAUGACCUGGACACCGUCCAGAGGCUGGGACAACCGGAUACACUACCACUCUGGAUCAUCCCGCUCGCCUUAGCCGUCCUCCUUUUUGCUCUGCAGAAGAAGAUCACUUCUCAGUAUUUCUUGUCCAUCUAUAUUCUCAUGAUACCCUUCAUAUUCUACUUCUUUGUCUUCUCUAUUGACGAGCUUGUCCCCGAGAACCUGAGGGAGCAUGGGUGGAUCUUCGAAGCCCCAGAGGACAACGAGCCCUGGUACAGGUUCUGGACUUUGUAUAAAUUUCAUCUUGUACAUUGGGGUGCCAUCUUUGAGACACUUGGCGCCAUGUUCGCCCUGACAUUCUUCAGCCUGCUCCAUGUGCCCAUCAACGUGCCUGCGCUGGCCCAGUCCACCGGAGAAGACAAUGCGGAUCUCAACCGCGAGCUGAAGCUGCAUGGGUACUCCAACUUCCUUUCUGGAUGUGCAGGAAGUAUCCAGAAUUACUUGGUCUACGCAAACACAUUGUUUUUCAUCCGGUCUGGUGGUAACAGCCGCCUCGCUGGUCUGAUGCUUGCUGCGCUGACGGCAGUGACUCUGGUCUUGGGCCCCAAAAUGAUUGGAUUCAUCCCGGUCAUGAUGGUUGGCACAUUGAUCUUCGUACUCGGAUUUGAGCUUCUUUCGGAUGCCCUCGUGGCUCCGAGACGCAAGCUCAAAGUGCUUGAAUACCUUACGAUCAUCGCUAUCGUCCUGACAAUGGGCAUGUAUGAUUUUGUGGCAGGCAUUUUUCUCGGCAUGAUUCUUGCCUUCGUCUCUGUUGUAGUGCACCAAUCUAGUGUUUCUGCGAUCCGCGCUUGCUACACAGGCGACCAGGUCGGCUCCAUGGUUAGGAGGAACCCCUCGCAACACCAUUACCUGCAAGAUGUUGGCCGCCAGACUUAUAUCAUCAAGCUGGUGGGCAAUCUCUUCUUUGGGACGAUCGUCGGAGUCCAAGAAAAGAUCCGAAGUCUCAUUGCGGAUGACGUUUUCGCUGAGCAUCCCAUCAAGUACUUGAUUAUCGACCUUUGGCAAGUAACCGGCAUCGACUACUCGGCUGCCGAGGGCUUCAUGACAAUCAGCAGACUGUUGCAUAAGAAGGGCAUCAUCCUUCUCAUCAGUGGGAAGGACGCUGAAAGCAGAAUCGGACGGGAUCUUCGAGCCGUGGGUCUUGGCGAUGACGGGAUUGAGGUCAUGUUCAUGCCUGAUCUCAAUUCAGCGCUGGAGAGCUGCGAGAACGAGCAGUUGAAAACAUUCUAUACUCAGCAGGAGGCGUUGCGAGUCACUCGAUCAAUGCCACCAAGCACGCUCGAAGUGCCGACCCCACAGAAGCCCGUGCAGCCUCUCGAUCCGAACCAGUUUCUCUCCCAGUCUCCGAGGAGAGACUACCGACAUGAGGUGGCAAAGAACGUACUCACCGAGCACGAGGUCAAACGCGCUUCACGUUGGCGCACUAUUAGCGAGCCCCUUCGACUCAUGCUCCAGAUUUUCCACGACCUCAGUGACAAGAAUGAGGAUUUCUGGUACCGCGCAAAGCCUUACUUCGUACGGAGAGAAUACAAGGCCGGCUCGGUGCUGUAUCACAGGGGAGAACACGCAAACGGUUUCUACCUUCUUGAGGCAGGUGAAUUACGCGCCGACUACGAGACUCCGCAGGGAAAGCUAUCCGAGCCCAUCGUCCAGGGCACCACCUGUGGUGAGUUGCCGUUCUUCUCACAGACCGACCGCACGGCAACCGUUCUUGCGGUGAAAGAUUGCGUAGCGUGGGUCAUGGAUACGGAAAGCUGGGAAAGGCUACGCAGGGAGGAGAACGAUGUCUACCAGGAACUGCUGAGCAUCUCACUCAAGCUCACCACGGAGCGCAUGAAUGCGAUGACCAACUACACCCUGGCAAACGCCAAUUGA